UGCUGUCUUUGUGCCACAGUUUUGCCCGAAAGCCCCAACUUCCCCUACAGACGGUAUGACCGCCUCCCUCCCAUCAGCCAGUUCUCCAUCGAGAGCGACUCGGACCUGUCAGAGACGGCCGAGCUCAUCGAGGAGUACGAGGUGUUCGACCCGUCCAGGCCGCGACCCAAAGUCAUCCUCGUCAUCGGUGGCCCUGGCAGCGGCAAAGGAACACAGAGCCUGAAAAUCGCCGAGCGCUACGGCUUCCAGUACAUGUCUGUGGGCGAGCUGCUGAGGAAGAAGAUGAUCCACAACGCCACCAGCAACAGAAAGUGGAGCCUGAUCGCCAAAAUCAUCACCAACGGCGAGCUGGCGCCGCAGGAAACCACAAUAACUGAGAUCAAACAGAAGAUUAUGAAGAUCCCAGACGCCAACGGCAUCGUCAUAGACGGCUUCCCGCGAGACGUUGGACAGGCCCUGUCCUUUGAAGACCAGAUAUGCACUCCAGACCUGGUGGUUUUCCUGGCCUGCACCAACAGCCACCUGAAGGAGAGGCUGCAGAAAAGGGCGGAGCAGCAGGGGCGACCCGACGACAACCCGAAGGCCAUCGACCGACGCCUGACCAACUUCAAGCAGAACACCAUUCCUCUGGUCAAGUACUUCCAGGAGAGAGGCCUGAUCGUCACGCUGGAUGCUGAUCGAGAUGAGGAGGAGGUUUUCUGCAACAUCAGCAUGACUUUGGAUAACAAGCUGUUUCCCUCUAAAGAGCCCGCCGCCGGUCCGAGCGAACUGGAUCUCAAUCUGCUGGGGGAAACCGGCAGCCUGGCAGAGGAAACCCACAAAGAAAACCAGGCUGAUGAAGAGGAGGAGUAUGCUGAAGGAGCCACAGAAAGUCACUGCACAGAAAAGAAGAAACCAAAGGUCAUCUUCAUGAUUGGUACGUAAACCUUAAAUCACUCAAACACCAACGCCUUAUAUGAUUAU